AUGUCGCACUCGAGGCUUUCUUCACCGCGAUCCAUCUCGAAGCAGACACAGCCAGCUUCGAACUCCACUACAAACGCCUCACCUGGUACACCCUCGCCAACGCCUUUCUUGUUCGGAGAAAUUCGGUUAUGUUCGCCGGAUUUCUCAUUCAACAUUGAUCAAGAUCGGGACAGACCCCUCCCAUCCAUAGAACGGGAUGUUCUCAGUUCAAACAGCAGUCGCAACACUCCCAAUACAGCUACAACCGCAGGAUCGGUAAAGGUAUCCUCUACGGCUCGCGAGGCAACUCAUUCAACGCCAGCUACAACCACUCCUCUACGGGCCCAUAGCAGCAGUUUUUCACGAGGUGACACGCCGACUCCCUCAGUGUGGAUAACACCAGCACCCUCUACCGAUGUCCUUAGCCGACAUCAAACCGAAACAAUCACUGAAGGUCUCGAUGCUAUGCACAUACGAUCACCUUCGGCAGAGUCGCCGGACCGGUCUAGAACUGGACGAAAAAAUGCUUUCACUCCGUCACGUAGACGUCGUUCAACAUCAGCCGUCAACAAGGAAUCGCAUCGUGUCGAAGACGAAGACCCACCUGCAACUUUCUCUCGCCUGAGAGAAGUAGAGCAGGUAUACACUAAAGCGAAACAAAUGAGCGAAAAGCUUUUGAAAGUUUUAGCCAGCUCUACCUUACACCAAAAGCCAAACUCCAGUAUUGGGAAGCUUCAUCGCGAAGCCAUCCGAUUGACUGAAUUCGAGCUACCCUCGUCACGUAUCGUUGGUCUAGUCGGUGAUUCAGGGGUCGGAAAAAGCUCCUUGAUCAAUUCGUUGCUCGAUAAGAAGGACCUAGCUCGCUCUAACAACAAUGGCUCAGCGUGCACAUGCGUGGCUACGGAAUAUCAUUACCACGACCGCGACGAUUUCGUCAUUCAAGCUGAGUACUUCACAAUUGAAGAACUGAAGAGGCAGUACGAAGACCUACUCCGAGCCUAUCAAGAGAACAAGUCUCCACCGGCACAUACUAAGCAGGAAGAUCUAGAAGAGCUGGAGCGUAGAGCGAGGCUCGCUGAAGAAACUUUCAAAGCUAGCUUUGGAGUGAAGCUGCAGCAAAACCCUAGCUUGCUCAGAUCCUCGAUCGAAUAUGCGGUGACGACGAUGCUGCAAUGGGCGUCGUCGUCGCUACCACGAGAUCGGAAUGUUCACACUAAUGAAACCCGAGAGACCCACAACGAUAUUACAGCCUGCUCCGCGAGGAUCCGAGAGCUUACAUCGGAGGCGGAUGAUUCUGAAAUGCGUAUAGCGAAUCAGACUAGUCCCUGGCCUUUUGUUCGAAAGUUGAAGGUGUACCUGAAGGCAUAUAUCUUGAGUAAAGGCUUGAUCAUUGCUGAUCUUCUAGGCAAGUACACCUGUUUUCCCGUUUGCACGUCACUCAUAAAAAUAGGCCUGCGAGAUGCAAAUGUCGCUCGUCAAACAAUCACUGAGCGAUAUGUUCUCCAUUGCUAUCAGAUACUGGCCGUGACGCGCGUUUCGCGAGUCAUCACCGAUCAAAGUGUGAAAGAUGUGUUCAAGCUGGCUCGUCGCGCCAAACUGUCUAACGUUCAUAUCGUAUGCACAAACUCGGAUGCUAUUCGGGCCAAAGAAGCUGUGGAUACGUAUGCUGGUGAAAGAGCGACAAUACAGGCGAUGCAGGAUAGGAUAGAGGACGCUAAGCGGGAUUAUGAUUAUCUUACAGAAGAGCUCCAUGAGCUCACCAUGGGCGCCGCAGAUUGUUCAGAUGAAGACGCUCUCGAGUAUGCCAGGCUACAUGAGCAACGAUGGCAGGCAGAGAAAACACAAGCGAAUGAAGAGUUCAAUUUACUCCGACACAUAAUUACUGUUCGAAAUACCGACAUCGUUCACAAAAUCCAGGCGGAAUACAGAGAUCACCCAUGCGCAGGAAGCCUCCAAAUCUUCUGUGGUAGCAAUAAGAUAUAUUGGAAAUAUCGUAUGAAGCCAGCAUCUGCAUCUAAGCGUCACUUGGAGCUCAGCGGAAUUAUGGCUCUACGAAAGUACUGCAUCGGUAUGGUUGCAGAGAGUCAUAUUCGCGCCCUUAACAAUUACGUCAAACAUCAGAUCCCGACCCUCCUUGGGUCCGCUUCAUUAUGGGUAAAUCUCGACCACUGGCUGACUGAUUCAAAGUGGCACGAGACGUCGUUCGCAGCGUUCUGCCGCCACUGGGGGCAUUACGCGACAAAUGCGGUGGAUUACUGUUACUGGAACGAGGAAGCAAUGAGAGAAAUGGCGGAUGACAUGUCUAUCAUCUGGAGUGCCUUAGUGACCGACAUCAACAAUCGGUUGGACCUAUUGAAGGACUGGAUUGCAUUGAAGUUACAGGCUGUUACCACAUUGGUGGUCUCUGCAGAUUGUGAUCUUACUGACGAAAUCACAGCGGGAGCAAGAAAUAAAACAUACUCGGCUCUUCACACUCUUACCGCAACACUUCGCCAUCGACAAGAUUUAAUGCUUUAUGGCAUCGAAGAUGCAAUCGAAGAUUUUCGUACCCAGCUUUCCAAUCUGCGAACGGACGCUUUGGCCCCCAUCCGCUCUGCGUUCAUUGGAAAACUCAUGGAUGACACAUAUCAAGCGGCCCAGAUGGAACAUGGCCUGGGCUGCGACGCGCGUCGCAAUGACAUCAUCACGCGCAGAUUUGGCUCUGAAUCUCUCUUCACUUCCCACAACAGGAUGCUUAGAACCGCAUUCCGGAACCUAUCCGAAGACCUCGAAGAGGCAGUCAAGGAGGUUGCGCUCCAGCAGAGUGCGUACAUCGAAAGCGACCUGGAGCUCCUCCGGAACGAAAACGUCAUCUUAGAAAGCGAAAAACAUCCUGAAUUCAGGCAGAGUUUAUCGGAAGAGAUCAGGCAAAUAAGGCUACAGUUGGAGCAACUUAGCAGCAUGCUGGAUGUCUAA